AUGCCACGUCGUUUCUUCCUUCCACCACCACCAUCACCAUCCACCCCACCAUCUCAAGCCACGACCGCCCACGACAUCGACGUCGACGACGACCACCACCACCACCACGCUGCCGUCACGCGGAUGGGAGGCGACGACGACGACGACGCGGAACGUCAAUGGACGUUCUGCCUCGACUCCAGCCCAGUCUACCUUUUGACAACAACAAACCAGGUGCCACGUCGCGGUCAGCGACGUGGCAACCAAACGACGAACGGACACGACAACCGACGAGCCCGCCCACCCACAAACGACGCACACCGCCCCACACGACCCCCACUGCCCACGAGCGCCCACGAAAAGAAACGAGCGCCCAGACACGACAGCGAACGCCCACGACACGUCAACCAACGAGGCCGCCCACCCAUGAACGACGCACACCGCCCUGCACAACCCCCACCGCCCACAAACGACCCCAAAGGACCCCAAACGCCCAUGACACGACAACAGACGAGCCCGCCCACCUAUGAACAAUGUACACCCACCCAAACGAGCCGCAGCGCCCACGAACGCCCACGAGACGACUGCACGGGAACGAAAACGAACGCCCAGCAGACGAAGACGACGACCGCCCACAAGACCCAGCACCAUCCCCAACGCGAGUGCCCACGAACGACAACGAGCACCCACCAACGAAAACGGACGCCCACGAAAUGA